AUGGCUAAGGCGCAAGACUUCUAUUCUCGAAAUCUUGAGAUUGCCGGUUCGAGUCCGGCAGGGGGUGUCUACCUUCCUUAUUUUUUGGGUCAAGAAAUCGAGGGCCCUUGGCAUCCCAAUCAGUCAACGCUCAAAGGGGUGAAGACGAUUGCCCUGUUCCGAUUUCCCUGCAGCAGCUCCUUGUUUGACAUCAUAGACACGCUCCCGUGUUUCUUCUUCUUCUCGGCGAAUUGGUUCGCAUUUGUGGCUGCCCCAUCUCACCUCCCGUUUACUUUUACUUAUAUGCCUGUCUGCUUCCGCGUGCAACUGACCCGACGCGCCUGUUUCGCAUCUCAAAUUGUCGGUGUCUUUUCAACGCCUUUGCGAUUACAGGCAUUGACUACUAGAAAUUUCAAUACAAUGGUACCAAGCGCAACCAAGCGCAAGGCUGGCGCUGCGCCUGCAGCCAAAGCAAACGGGAGCAAAAAAACCAAGACGAUAACUUACGAUGCCGAGCUUCGCGAACCUCACCAUGCUGCUGAAGUUGCUGAAAAACAAGGCAUCGUUCUCCGCGAUUACUACCCACCAGAGAUGAGCAACACAAGAGCGCGCGCAUACGCCGAGGAGGCCCUCCGCCGCCCGAUGGAGAACCUGGUCAAAGCCCAGGGCGAGACAGCGGAGGCUAUGAAAAAGGCUACCAAAGGUGAAGCCAUUGCUCACUGGUUCAAGACUGAUUUGCGCUGCACCGACAAUACCUCACUUGCCCUGGCAGCCCAAAAGGCAAAAGAGAUGGACGUGCCGCUUGUCUGCUUCUACUUGGUCAGCCCCCAGGACUUCAAGGCUCAUCUCAGAUCGCCGGUACGAAUCGACUUUAUUCUCCGCACUCUGCAGGUGUUGAGAGAUGACUUGGCCAAGCUGGAUAUUCCGCUGUAUGUUGAGACCGUGGAAGAGCGCGCCGAGAUACCUGGUCGCGUGCUUGAGCUGCUUGAUUCGUGGGGCUGCAAUCAUCUGUGCGCAAACCUGGAGUAUGAAGUUGAUGAGCUCCGUCGCGAGACCAAGCUAUUGAGGCUACUUGCUGAAAAGGGCAAGUCGUUCGAAGCCGUCCAUGAUACUUGCGUGGUUCCGCCUGGUCAGCUUCGCAGCGGUACAGGCAACCAGUACGCUGUGUAUACACCGUGGUAUCGCACCUGGAUGGCUCACAUUCACUCCAACCUCGAUUUGCUAGAGCUGCAUGACUCCCCGCCAAAGAAUCCUGCAUCGGCGCGAAAAAAGUUUCAGAAACUAUUCAACUGCGAGAUUCCGGCUGCGGCCAAGGGAAAGGAGCUUUCGGCAGAAGAGAAAAAGCGCUUUCACGCUCUCUGGCCCUGCGGUGAGCAUGAAGCCAAGGCUCGCCUAGACAAGUUUUGUGAGGAGCGCAUAGGCGAAUAUAGCGAGAAGCGAAAUGUGCCGAGCGACAAUGGCACCUCAAGUCUCUCCGUGCACCUAGCGAGCGGCACAAUCAGUGCCCGGACUUGUGUGCGCACCGCCAGAGACAGAAAUAAGUCAAAGAAGCUUGAUGGCGGCCUCGACGGGAUCAAAGUCUGGAUCAGCGAAGUGGCAUGGAGGGACUUUUAUCGCCAUGUAUUGGUCAGAUGGCCGCAUGUUUGCAUGAACAAGCCAUAUAAGCCAGACUAUGCGGAUAUCGAAUGGUCAUAUGAUACCGAGCACUUCAAGGCCUGGUGCGAGGGCAAGACUGGGUUCCCCAUCGUGGAUGCUGCGAUGCGACAGCUGAAUCACACGGGCUACAUGCACAAUCGCACCCGCAUGGUGGUGGCAUCCUUCCUCGCCAAGGACCUUCUCAUUGAUUGGCGCAUGGGCGAAAAGUACUUCAUGGAGCACCUGGUAGAUGGCGACUUCGCGAGCAACAACGGCGGCUGGGGCUUCAGCGCAAGUGUCGGCGUCGAUCCGCAGCCGUACUUUCGCAUAUUCAACCCUCUUCGGCAGAGCGAGCGAUUCGAUGCCGACGGCGAAUAUAUCCGUCACUGGGUGCCAGAGUUGAAAGACCUCGACAACAAACAAAUUCACGAUCCGUACGGCCGCGGCGCGGGGGACAAGGCGAAAAAGGCAGGAUAUCCGAAACCGAUUGUCGAACACAUCUCGACUGCCACGGCUUUUAUGAAGGCCAAUAAUGAUCUGCGGCUUGGAGACUAUCAGAGUAGUCCCAGAAUUCUCAGCAACUGCAAGGCGGCAUCACAAGGAGCCCUGCGAGCCAGCCGGUGCGAGAAGACUUUUCUAGCCGGGAGCACAGCACCAGUCACGCAAUCACUUCCCAGGCUCGCAUGUUUGUGGACAAGUUCGUAA